AAGACGUAUUAACUGGACCGUUUCUGUUCUUCACAUAAAUGCUUCCGCCUGGAGCAGCCCGCUGUUGGUGUAAACAUUCAUGACGUGAGCAUGGUGAAAUAACAGCGCACAUAGUCCAGUGUAGCCGGUAUAGUCCUAACAGCACUAUUCAAGGGUUCAGGAUGCAUUCGCGUGUUUUAUUGAAAGGAACAGCAGCCGCUGUCGCUGCGAGGAGGAUUCGUCAUAUACUGGGGCCCGUGAUGUCAAGAGAAGGGUGGAACAGCAGCGCGCGUGAGGUCAAACUCCUCAACACCUCGUCGGGUGACACUGUGAAGAUCGGUGAGAUCUCGUAUGUGCUCAAAACGCCCAGAAAUCCAGAGCUCGUGCCAGUAAACCACAUGACGGAGGCUUUGCCACAAAUGGUCACCCAGCACCUGCGCUGGAUCAUGCAGAAGGAUCUUCUCGGACAGGACGUGUUCCUCAUUGGUCCUCCUGGUCCUCUGCGGCGCUCACUUGCCAUGCAGUACCUGGAACUAACAAAGCGAGAGGUGGAGUAUGUUGCCCUGUCCAGAGAUACUACUGAGACUGAUCUCAAACAGCGCAGAGAGAUCCGGUCUGGAACCGCCUUUUACAUAGACCAGUGUGCUGUCCGAGCUGCGACAGAGGGCCGGAUUCUGGUGUUGGAGGGCCUGGAGAAGGCCGAGAGGAACGUGUUGCCAGUUCUCAAUAACCUGCUGGAGAAUCGAGAGAUGCAGCUGGAAGAUGGACGCUUUCUCAUGUCAGCACAGCGCUACGACAAACUCCUGGAGGAGCACAGUAAGGAGGAGCUGGAUGCGUGGAAGAUUGUUCGGGUGAGUGAGGAUUUUCGAGUCAUUGCUCUCGGCCUCCCUGUUCCCCGAUACAAAGGAAACCCGCUGGAUCCCCCUCUCCGCUCCCGCUUCCAGGCCAGAGACAUCUACUACCUUCCCUUCAAGGACCAGCUAGAGCAUCUAUACAGAAUUGGACCAAAUGUGCCUCCUGAAAGGGUGUCCCAGCUCUUGUCUUUCGCCACUGCACUUUGUUCUCAAGAGUCUGCCAGCUUAAGUCUGCCUGAUUUCCCCGUGGACAACCUUCCAUCUGCCCUCGCAGUUCUAAACCUGUUCCCGAUGCUGUCAGCGCAGCAGCUGGUGCAGAGGCUCUACCCGUACCAGGUCAUGCUGGGAAAGGAAGGCCGUACUGCAGUCGAGGGCCUGCUCCGUAGGUUUGAGUUGACUGAUGGGAGCACGAAACCUUCUCCGACUGCAGUGGUGAGCGUUGAGCCUGUGAAUGGAGAUCCAGCAGGUCAGGCAGCUGUCACCCUCAACAUGACCAACCAGAACAUCACCUUCCAGGUUACAUCAGGGACGCGGCCGAGUCGCCCACCCAACAGCAGUCCCGCGUUCAUCGGCACCCCCACACACGACCGCCUGCUGGCCGAGAUGAUGCAGUCCCACCUCGUCAAAGACAUCUGUCUGAUCGGAGCCAAGGGCUGUGGCAAGUCUGUGAUUGCGAGAGAGUUUGCUGAAAUGCUGGGCUACAGCAUUGAACCAAUCAUGCUUUAUCAGGACAUGACUGCGCGGGACCUCCUCCAGCAGAGGUACACCCUGCCUAAUGGAGACACGGCCUGGAGGGCCUCCCCGCUGGUCACUGCUGCUCAGGAGGGCAAGCUGGUGCUGCUGGACGGCAUCCACCGCGUCAACCUGGGCACACUGGCUGUGCUUUCCAGGUUGCUGCAUGACCGAGAGCUGUCUCUGUAUGACGGGACUCGACUGCUGAGAUGGGACCGUUACCAGACUCUAAAAGACGAACUAAAGCUCACUGACCAAGAGCUGCAAGACCGAUCCAUCUUCCCAGUCCAUCCGUCAUUCCGGAUCCUCGCUCUAGCGGAGCCGCCUCAGGUCGGGAGCACCUCGCAGCAGUGGCUCGGCCCCGAGAUCCUCACCAUGUUCCUCUUUCACACCAUCAGACCACUGGCCAAGGCCGAGGAAACCGCCGUGAUCCAGGGCAUGAUCCCAAAUGUCCCCAAUGAAGCAGUGGAGCAGCUGCAACACCUGACUCACAGUCUGAGAAAAUCCAACGAUCCAACGGCCCUGUCCCUUGCUUCUUCAUUGUCCACCAGGCAGCUGCUGAGAAUCUGUCGACGUCUUUCUCAGUAUCCAGAGGAGAGUGUUGCUCACGCUGUGAACAAAGCCUGUCUGUCCAGGUUUCUGCCCAGCCUGGCUCGCUCAGCUCUUCAGAAGAGUCUGGUGAACUGCUCGAUAGAGGAUCAGCCUGACCCAGCAUCAGAACAGAGCCAUCUCUACACCUGCACAGUAAAAGAUGGACUUCUGACCAUAGGGAACGUCUCGGUCCCUGUGUACAGCCCUGAUGAAAAGAUGAAGGUCCCGGAUGUGCUCUUUUAUGAGAAUGUUCAGCACAUGAUGGUGAUGCAGGACAUGCUGAAAGACUUCCUGUUGGGGGAACACCUGCUUCUUGUGGGGAACCAGGGCGUUGGGAAAAACAAGAUCGUUGAUCGCUUCUUGCAUCUCAUGAACCGACCGAGAGAAUAUCUUCAGCUCCACAGAGACACAACAGUCCAGACUUUAACGCUGCAGCCCUCUGUGAGAGAUGGCAUCAUCGUCUAUGAAGACUCUCCAUUGGUUAAAGCUGUGAAGAUGGGACAUAUCCUGGUAAUAGAUGAAGCUGAUAAAGCCCCCACAAAUGUCACCUGUAUCCUGAAGACACUGGUGGAGAGUGGAGAGAUGAUCCUGGCAGAUGGAAGAAGAAUAGUGUCAGAUCCACUGGAAGCAGCCGGAAGGCCUAAUGCCAUACCCAUGCAUCCAGACUUCCGCAUGAUUGUUUUAGCAAACCGCCCUGGCUUUCCGUUUUUGGGGAAUGACUUCUUCGGAGCACUUGGGGACAUAUUUAGCUGCCAUGCAGUGGACAACCCCAAACCUCAGGCUGAGUUUGCCAUGCUGAAGCAAUAUGGACCUGAUGUUCCUGAUGCAAUCCUACAGAAACUGGUGGCUGCCUUUGGAGAGCUCCGGGCCAUGGCUGACCAGGGAACAAUCACCUACCCCUACUCUACACGAGAAGUGGUCAACAUUGUAAAACACCUGCAGAAAUUUCCAGACGAGGGCUUGGCCAACGUGGUGAGGAAUGUGUUUGACUUUGACUCCUAUAACAAGGACAUGCGUGAGGUGCUGAUCUCAGCGCUGCACAAGCAUGGCAUUCCCAUCGGAGCCAAACCCACCAGCGUGCACCUGGCCAAGGAGUUACCAUUGCCAGAUUGUAAGAUGGCGGGCUACUGGACCAUCAGUCAGGGUGCAAGUACACGCCGAAAGCUGCUGUGUCCAACAGAGUCUCAUCAGAUAGACAUCAAGGGCCCAGUGUUUCUGCGGGUUCAGAGUUAUCCUUCUGAGAGGCACGAGUCCAGAUCUGUCAGCUUCACUGAGGAACAGGCUCACUGGCAGAUUCCCAUGAACGAGGUCAACAUCGUCUGCGACGUCACCACUGCUAACGAUUCCAUUUACGUGGCCACAUGUAACCCUGUGUCGCUGUAUGCUAUGAAGGAGAAAGGAGACUCCGUCCAGUGCAUCGAGCUCUAUGACAUCUUCCCCCGGACCAUCAGUGGAGUCUGGCAGCCCUUCGUCUCUGUGGCAGCACUGGGCAACCCGCUGCAGGACCAGGUGCUGCUCCAUGAAGAACAGGGCAACACCGUUCUGCAUCUGGACCUGGUGACCGGUGCUGUGAGGAGACUGGUACUGUCUCAGGACAAACAGGAGGAUCCACCACGCAAGAGCUCAAACUGGUGGAGCAACAAAGAGAGUCAGCCAGCGUACAAAAUGUGCAAGGAGUUUGCCCACAAGAACUGGUUCCUCUUCUACAAAGAAAAUGGGAGUCAGCUGGAUGUUGUCGAUGUGCUAGAAGGUCAGGUCCACACCAUCUCCCUCCCCAUCAAUCUCAAAGCUGUGUUCCUGGUGGCUGAAGACCGCUGGCUGCUUGUUGAGAGCAAGACUGACAGGAAGUUCCUGUUGACCAAGCCCAUGCACAUGGGCGCAGAGGACACGGGAGUGUGCCAGCUGCACGCCAUCAGUGAAGAUGCGGUUAACACCGGCUUUGGCACCAGCUCAGGGAUGGAAGCCGCAGCUCCUCAGGAGGUGUCAAACGAGCAGCUGCCAAAUGAGAACCUCAGCACUGUCCUGGGACAGAAGAUCGUCUCUCCCAACCGCAUCCUCUGUGACACGAGCACCUAUGCUAAUGUUAUCUUGGGCUUCCCAGACCUCAUGUCUCCAAAUGAAGUGUACAGCUUUAAGAGGUCUUCGCCCAUAACAGAGGGUCGGGGACCUGAUAUGUUUUUCGGGACAAGUAAGCGAACCGGGCCAGCAAAGAGGGUCAACUGUGUCUGUCUGUUAGGGGCCAAUCAAGUGGUCCGAGCACUGCCCCCUACACAAGUCCCAUUGACUGAGAUCUACCCCAAAGAUGUCACACCACCCAUGACUGCUGCUUACCUGGAAGUGACUGACCUGAACUCUAAGAAGCUCAAAUACAUCCCAGUCCCGAGGAGCAGCUCCGUGUCUCCCUACACUGUGUGGAUCUCAAAGGUCUCGGACACAGAUGUAGUGAUGGCUCCUCUGGGCUCUGGUGGAGUGGUGACUGUGGACAUGGGAGGCUACGUCAGACUCUGGGAAACAGGCCUUGACAACCUGCAGCGCUCUCUGCUGGAGUGGAGGAACAUGAUCGGAUCGGAAGAUGGCAGGCCAGUCCAGAUCACCAUUCAGAGAGAAAGUGGCCUAGAUGUCAGCUCCCCCAAACACGGCAAGAUUGACCCCAAAAAUGCCCCUCAUGUAGGGGGGAACCAGUGGGCUGGAGGCACAGGAGGCAGAGAUACAGCGGGUCUUGGAGGGAAGGGAGGCCCUUACCGUCUGGAUGCUGGACACAAAGUUUACCAGAUUUCUCAGGCGGAGAAAGACGCUGUGCCCGAUGAGGUGAAGAGAGCAGCACGGGAGAUGGGGGAGAAGGCUUUUAAGCAGAGGCUCAAAGAAAUUGAGAUGAGUGAGUAUGACGCCACCACGUAUGAGCGUUUUUCAGGAGCGGUCAGACGACAGGUCCAGUCGCUCCGCAUCAUUCUGGACAGUCUGCAGGCUAAAGGGAAGGAGAGGCAGUGGCUGAGGAACCAGGCUCUGGGCGAGCUGGACGAUGCUAAGAUCAUUGAUGGCCUGACAGGAGAGAAAGCCAUUUAUAAACGCAGAGGAGAGCUGGAGCCAGAGUUGGGGACUCCUCAGCAGAAGCCGAAGCGUUUACGUCUGCUAGCAGAUGUUUCUGGCAGCAUGUAUCGCUUUAAUGGCGUGGACGGCCGUCUGGAGCGCUCCAUGGAGGCCGUGUGUAUGGUGAUGGAGGCCCUUGAGAACUACGAGCACAAGUUUAAGUACGAUAUUAUGGGACACUCUGGAGACGGGUUUGAUGUGGAACUGGUCAGAUGUGACAAAGUGCCCAAGAACAACAAGGAGAGACUGAAGGUUUUGAAGACCAUGCAUGCCCACUCACAGUUCUGCAUGAGCGGAGACUACACGCUGGAGGGCACAGAACAUGCCGUGAAGGAGCUGGCACGAGAAGAAGCUGACGAGCAUUUCGUCAUCGUGCUGAGCGACGCCAACCUGGAGCGCUACGGGAUCAGCCCCGACCGGUUCGCACGCGCCCUCACCAGUAACCCGCAGGUCAAUGCCUUCGCCAUCUUCAUCGGUUCCCUGGGAGACCAGGCGGACAGGCUCCAGAAGACUCUGCCGGCCGGACGAUCUUUUGUGGCCAUGGACACCAAGCAGAUCCCUCAAAUCCUUCAGCAGAUCUUCACAUCCACCAUGCUGUCCAGUGCCUGAGAGGACUCCAGUUGGGCGAAUUGGGUCGAACUUGCUACGUCACUGAUGACACGCUGUGAUCUCUGAGUCUAGGUGUAACAGGUCAAAUCUCAUGAUAAAAACCAGGGUUACAUUUCACUGGAAGAUGAAACGAAUUUUCAUGAUCAUUUUCAUUAUGAAUGACAGUAAUUCGAAUCCCCAUUGAGAUUAAAUAGAUUUACAUAAAGAUAAAAAGUAAAAUGGCCAUAACAGUAAAAAUAAAAAAAGUAAAACAUUGCUGAUGUUUAUGAAUGCUGAUUUAAAAAAAUAAUAAUUACAAUAUUGUAUAUUGUUAAUAUUGAAUACAAAGAAAGCAAUGGCAGUAAUUAGAAUUCAGAUUGGUAAUAAAUGGAAUUACAAAAAUAUAUAUAUUUAAAGUAAAAUUUUCAUAAACAGUAAAAAUAAAAUACAACUUUUUUUAAAAACAAUGUAUGCUAAUUUAUAAUAUUUAAUACAAUAAAAAAUCUGAAUGGCAUCAAUCAGAAGCCCAAUUGUGAAAAACUUAAAAGUAAAAUAUCCACUAUAAAAAACAUUAUAGUUGUGAGAAUUAGGAGUAUGUGUUUAUUGGUUGUUAAAAUAUUAAUUAUAAUAAAAAAAUCUAAACUUUUAAUUCUUUCUAAAUAUUUUUUUGUGACCUGGACAUGUCAGAAAAAACAAGGCCAUUGACCUGUGUGUCCUCAGCACACCUUCAGUCUCAAGGGGCACAGUUUUGUGUAUAGACUACACAUACUACACACAAAUCUAUAGUAAUUCUGUGAUGUAUCAGGACUGAACUGUAUUAUUCUAAAAUAUCUGAUGAAAAUAGUGAUGGAAAUUAUUACUAGAUGAUAUUUUAAUUUUGACAGUUAACAUAUUCUAUGAGCUAUUAACAAUCACACAUAUGCCUGAACGUAUCCAGGUUAUGUUAAGACUGUUUCAUCAGGUGAGUGCAUUGAUUUGAUUGUGUGUUUAAUAGUGCUGGGUGAUAUAGUCUGACUGUAUUGAGCAUAUCUCGAUAUGUACUGUAUGGAUUUGCUCUGAAAUCGUUUAAAAGAAUAGAUUCAAAAUAUUUAAAGUUGAAACUAAUUUGGAACUCAAGGUAAAUACAUUAAUUUAAUAUGCAAUUUACAUUAUUGUAAUGAUAUACUACAUAAUAAUAUUGUAAAAUAUGUAAAAAAAAAAAUAUUAUUCACAACAUUCACAAAGUUGCUUGAAUAAAAACCACUAAAACAUCCUUUGGGAAUAUUGUAAGUAUUAAAUAUAGUAUAUUUGUUGCCUAGCUCUAGUGGUUAAGAGUGUAUUAUUAGAACAUGAGGCGUGUCGCGUGAGUGUAACCUGUUUUGUUUUCAAGAGCCCUGUGUUGUGUAAGAGUUGGCACUCUUUCGUCAAGUUUGUUGGGAUUUUCCCAUUGUCCUCUAAACACUUCAUUGUAAAGUGCACACAUCCUGUAGCUUAUGGAGACUGACGAGAAAGAGAGAGAGAGAGUCAACUGCACACCACUGCCACCACUGACUUCCUCGUAAAUCUCUUUCUGUCCUUAGAAACCAGGACCUCAAGUACAGUCCCACAUUGCUUUCAUCAGCCGUCCCGUUACACACUCAUCACUCUUGAAUCAAAUGAGUGCAAAUGAAAAUGUAUUUGUGAUCUGUGACAGGUCUGACAGAGCUGUGCGAAACUCUAAAGGAAAAACAACAGCUCACAGAAAUAGCAGGCCAAAAGAACAGAUAAAUUUGCAUUUUUUUUCAGCACACAAAAAUGAGGGUAUUUCUACUGCAGAAAUGUAUAGUCUUCUGUGCAUCCUGUGUUUAUGAGUCAACUUGAGGCAGACAUUUUGUUCUUGGACUUCCUGUCCUGACCUCUGCUCUUCCCAUGUUAGCAGUGUUGAGCAUGGAAUGUCAUGCACCUGACUGCUUCUGCUUGUUCACUGCUUGUGCAAACUCCUCUGAGAUGCAUGAUUUCCAAGUACUCCAUCUAUGUCAACAGUUCUUCUCUUCCUGUCCGCUGGACCCGUUGACGCCCGGCCUGCCACCCGUCCCCUCACACUGAGCUCAGGAAUCCAGCACCUGGCUCGUUACGCCACACUCCAGAGAUGUUGACGAGGAGAAAGUGGCGCUGUUAUUUAUCAAAUCUGACCAGUUGAACUUUGGCGAGCCAGCAAGUAGCAGGCGGACAACAAUCUUUAAUAGAUCUUAGUCAGGGUGGCACCAUCAUUUUCCUGAUUAUCAUACCGUUUGUUCAGCUGAUGAAAAAAAUUUUCUAAAGCCCCUUUCACACUGAGAUUAUGGAUAAUACACAGGUAAUGUGUCCCGGCAGUUGUUUAGAUUUUGCCCCUUUCACACUGCCAGUGAUUACCCGGAAUAUGUGUGUGCGUUCACACACAACCCGUAAAGGCCUGUUUCAGGGUGUGACGUGUAAUGUACGAGUCGAAAACGUUAGGCACGUUAACCUUUCCUGAAGCUGGCGAACAAUCUAGGCGUCAGCGCGGAAAGUGAGGAACUAACUGAUCUCUGCUUCAUUACAGUUAGUAAAUUUUUUUCCGUCGCAAACGUUGAUCUGCCUUCAAAACAACUGGUAAAAGAGUUACGCGAUAACGUGCAUCAUCACUACGACACUCCCUUUACGGCAUUGGUUCUGGCUUUUGUUCACACAGAGCUCGUUCUGGGACUGAAUCCCGGAAUCAAUCUCGGGACGUGUUUGCGUUCACAAAGAAGGUGGCCCGGCAAUUUUCCGCGACCAACGUGCAGUGUGAAAGGGGCUUAAGACUCUAGACUAAAACUCAAUAAAAACCACUUUUAACAUCCAUUUUGAAUUUUGUGAUCUGAUCUAAGAUCUUUAUACAGUACAUGCCCCUCUAAAGACUGUAAGUCUAUCCCUCAACAAAGUUUUGUUCUCAUAGGUUCAAAAUUCAGUAUGGUGUCUACACUUAUUUAAGGUCUGCACAGUAGUGAUGGGUUGUUAUUGAAUGAUUCGUUCAUUUUGAACGAGUCUUUAAUGUGACUCGGAAUGAAUGAGUCAUCUCGGGGGGUGAUUCGUUCAAUCGCACAUGCGCAACAUCCUAUGGGUGCUGUACUGAAAUUAGUUAAUUUGUUUUUCGAGUUGUUCGCUCAUCAUGUGACAACCCCUUAAGCUUUGCCUAUGCAGUCUGUGCCGGAAAGAGACUUAAUAAUAAUAACCAACUCUUAAUUACCUUUGUCACCACAUUCAGUAAAUAAUGAAUUCAUAUUUUCUGUUUCUUAUAGCAUUAUAGUUUUGUAUUGUUUGUAGUGUGAUCAACGUUUGCUUAAGUACUAGAUGUGUAAGGGAAGUAACAAGUAACAUUUUAAUUACAUUUUGCUAAAUUGAACUAAAUGACUCGAAAAAAGAUUCGUUCAUUUUGCUGAACAAUAUUAAAAAGGACAGAGUCAGUUAAAUGAUUCGAACUUCCCAUCACUACUACACAGUUACACAUAAUAUCCAAAGAACUGUUCAGUCUAAUUAAAAAUGGACGGUUUCAUUUACUAUUUGUGUGCUGAGAUUUUAUGCUUAUUCGAUUAACAUGACAUUAGCAUUAUCAAUAGUGAGUCGAGCCUUUACACUAGCAGCAGUCAUCAUUUAAGAGGACUUUAUUUCAGUUAGGCUGCGCAGGUAGGCUGGGUUUUGGAGCAGACCCUGUGGAUCCACUGUGUUUGUGUGUGGUCAGAACACAGCCUGAGUGUUCACACAUAUGUAAAUCACUUGAAAACAUCUGCUGCCAUUACAUACUUUACUGGAAUGGCAUGUCAAGAACCUAAGUGAAUAAAUGAAUCAUCACACUUCAUUCACCCACACAGGCCUCAUUUACUACUCAUCAGGACUAAUUGUAUUUUGUUACCGCCAACAUGUAUUGUAAAAGCAAUGUAAAUGACUGACAAUUACAGCCAUUGAGGGUCAUAAUUUAAGUCUGACAUUGACUUGUUUAUUGCUGCUGAACGAGUAUAUUAUUGUACUUCCUCAUAUCUUUUGAUUUUGAUGUGAUCUAUUUUGGAUGUAGAAUGGUGUAAUGAAUACAUGUUAACAGAUUAAAUGAACAAUGUAGAUCUA